AGUCUGCAAUACCAGGGAAAUCUGCAACACAAAGAAAGAAAAGUGGGUAAAAUAUCAAGAUAGAGCAAUGGAUAAAUGAGCAUCAAAAUUAGUGGGAUAAGAGGAGAAAGAGAAUAUUAAUAUUGAGCAAAGCAGUAGUCAGGAACCAUGACGACCUCAGGAAAGGAAAACUUCCGACUGAAGAGCUACAAGAACAAAUCAUUAAAUCCUGAUGAGAUGCGUCGCAGGCGGGAAGAAGAGGGACUUCAGCUACGGAAGCAGAAACGAGAGGAACAGCUAUUUAAGCGCCGAAAUGUUGCAACAGCUGAGGAAGAAACAGAGGAGGAAGUCAUGUCAGAUGGUGGAUUCCAUGAGGCCCAAAUGAAUAACAUGGAGAUGACUUCUAGUGCUGUCAUCACCUCUGAUAUGAUUGAGAUGAUUUUCUCCAAUAGUCCAGAGCAGCAACUUUCAGCCACCCAGAAAUUCAGAAAACUACUCUCCAAAGAGCCUAAUCCACCAAUAGAUGAAGUUAUCAGCACGCCAGGAGUGGUGGCAAGGUUUGUGGAGUUCCUUAAACGAAAAGAAAACUGUACAUUGCAGUUUGAAGCUGCUUGGGUGCUGACAAACAUUGCCUCUGGAAAUUCCCUUCAGACUCGAAUUGUGAUUCAAGCAGGAGCUGUCCCCAUCUUCAUAGAGCUGCUCAGCUCAGAGUUUGAAGAUGUACAGGAGCAGGCAGUAUGGGCUCUUGGCAAUAUUGCUGGAGACAGCACCAUGUGUAGAGAUUAUGUGCUGGACUGCAACAUCCUACCCCCUUUACUGCAAUUACUUUCAAAACAGAAUCGUCUUACCAUGACACGAAAUGCUGUAUGGGCUCUAUCCAACCUCUGCAGAGGGAAGAAUCCUCCUCCUGACUUUGCCAAGGUUUCACCUUGUCUAAGUGUGCUUUCCUGGCUGCUUUUUGUCAAUGACACAGAUGUACUAGCUGAUGCCUGCUGGGCCUUGUCAUAUUUGUCUGAUGGACCUAAUGAUAAAAUACAGGCAGUGAUUGAUGCAGGAGUGUGUAGAAGACUCGUGGAGCUGCUGAUGCACAGUGAUUACAAAGUGGUAUCUCCUGCCUUACGAGCAGUUGGGAACAUUGUGACUGGGGAUGACAUCCAGACCCAGACAGUCAUAGAUGCCAAUAUUUUCCCAGCCCUUAUAAAUAUUUUGCAAACAGCUGAAUUUCGGACAAGAAAAGAAGCGGCAUGGGCAAUCACAAAUGCAACAUCUGGAGGCUCUGCUGAACAGAUCAAGUAUUUAGUAGAACUGGGAUGUAUCAAACCACUCUGUGACCUUCUUACAGUAAUGGAUUCAAAGAUUGUUCAGGUGGCACUGAAUGGUCUGGAGAACAUCCUCAGACUUGGAGAGCAGGAAUCUAGACGCAGUGGUGCUGGCAUUAAUCCUUAUUGUGCUCUUAUUGAAGAAGCAUACGGUCUUGAUAAGAUUGAAUUCCUGCAGAGCCAUGAGAACCAAGAAAUCUAUCAGAAGGCUUUUGAUCUGAUUGAGCACUACUUUGGGACGGAGGACGAGGAUAGCAGCAUUGCUCCGCAAGUUGAUCUCAGCCAGCAGCAGUACAUCUUCCAGCAAUGCGAGGCUCCCAUGGAAGGCUUUCAGCUUUGAGGUGCCCCCAUGCUGUGCGCUCCGCUUUCCAGUCAGUCCUACUUUUUGAGCCUCAAGCCACCCAUGGAGUGAUUCUCUCAAUGUUUUCCAUAACCCUGUCUGUGCUCAUUUGCUUGCCUUGUGCACAUGCUGUUACACACAUCUGGAAAACCUUUGGCGCUCUGUGGCAAGAUGCCCCUUUGGCAAGGGCUGACCAGAAUGGUUUGCCUCUAGGCUCUGGACCUCUCCACUUUCAUCUUUGUGGAGUUGGGACAGCUAUAUGUAUGUUUGGAUACUACCCUUUCCUACUCAAGGAGAACAAUCCCUUCUCCACUAGCCCCUACACUCCUGGUAUCCAAGAUAGGCUGCCUUUUCUCUUGUAUUUGCAGCUGUGUGCCUGUAUUUCAGGGAGUUAUUUAGAUUUGCUAUCCCUCUCUAGGUGAGUUUUUUCCAUGCUCUUCCUUGGGUGCCUCUUUGGAUGGCUUUGUGAGAUGCAUUCAAUCCUGACAUUCAGCAUAUCUGAUUACUUCGCUGUAUGUGCCAGCCUGGCUUUAGGCAUAUAGAAUGUGUCACAGAUAUUGGAAUAACUUCUAUGUUCCCUGCAAUUACAGGCACCAAUGGCCGUGCUAUCUAGUUAUUAGAAACACUGAACACAACUGGCGCUCCCCCUUUACAAAAUUUGAGUUCCCAAGCUGGACUGCAGACCACUUUGGAGGUAUGGAUAGUUUCUCAUUUCCCCUCCAUGCAUAAAGAAUGUAUGAGUAGGUCAGUCUUAUCACUUCCCCAGAACAACUUUCCUAACUGAAUGGAGAAAAUUAAGCCCUCCCACUCCCCAUCCCUAAUACUGUAUGAUUCAAAAUGGUCUCUUUAUUAGUUGUACCUUCCCUGUUUUCAUAGGGAAAUUAAUUAUCUGGUCAUCCUUAGCAUUGUGAAGCUGAUAAUUCACUUUUUACAUUUUUUAUACAGCUUGACUGGAACAGGUUUCUCUUCUGUAAUAUACCUUUUGAUGUAAUAGCUUAAUGUGCUAAACUGUCACUGGAAGGAGGGCACUGUAGAGUUAGCUCUCAUGACUGUUUUCAUCCUCAUGCAAUAGAGCUUCCCCUCCAGUCCAGCCCCAAAAAAGAAUCCUGCUGAUCGACCUUUUGUUUAACCAGUAUAAUGACACUACAUUUAAAAAUAAUAUGAAUAUUCUUCCCUGAAUUCUCCUAUUCCUGCCCUUCCAUUUUUACCUCACUACUCACAUGAUCCCAGAUGACUUAGCUUGGAACAAGUGGUUCCCACAAGCUAUAUCUCUAAGGAUUGCUAAAUGCAUGACAGUUGUCCUGUGCAGCUGUAGACUGCGCCUUUACUAGCAGCAUGUUCUUAGCUCUGCAGCCUCCUUGGAUUACAGGCAUCUGAAGGCAAAAGCCAAUCACUUCUCACUCAAGUUAAGCUGACAUCAGUAUAAUCUUCAUGUAACAUAGGAGAUGCCACAUCACUGAAGGUCGUUAUUCUAUUUCUGUGAAUUCAGUGGAUUUUCCAAGCUAUCUGCUCUUUCCUGCAUUGGAAUACAUUCUUUCAAGACAUUUGGGAUCUUUGGCCACACCUAUUUACCCCAAUAUAAACAUUUCAAAAGUUGCCAUUGCUGCGGUAUCAUGCAUCUGUGGUAGAUUCUAUUGACAGAACUGUCUGUAAGAUCUUCCUCGUGACUUCAUUCACUGACAAGCCACUGCAAAAACAACCCACAGGAUACCCAUUCAAACAAAAUCACAUGAUGUACCACUGCAAGAAGCUAAGUCACGGCCUAAACAUCAGUUCUGUGUGGACAUUACUUAAAUAUAAUCUUCAUUUUGUGUUUGUUCUUCAGGAUGGAGAUUCUGACCUGUGUGGCCAUUGCAGCAGCCAUUGACUAUCUCCCUAGCUAACUCUGCUGGCCUCUGCCCUCCAUGUUACUUUCUCUAGUGCUGCUUUGUGCUGAAGGAACAUUUAGUUUACUGCACUUGACCUGUAAAUGGACUUCAGUUCUUUGAAAUUUUAGGGUUUAAAUUUGGAAGUUAAUUUAAAAACAGCAGGAAAACCCUCAAUGUUGCCUUUACAUCACAUACAACUAACUGUGUUUAUCUUUAUUGAAGAGUGAUAGAAGCACUGAUUUAGUAGCAAAAUCUUGUUUUAGCUCUUGGAUUUUUUGUGCUGGAUUUUUUUACGUGUAAAUUUCCAAUAACAUGUCAUUUCUAUAAGAUUUGUUUAAAAUCAUGUACCUUUUAUUGGAUGGUAUAAAAAUGCUACAUAUUUUGUAAACAAAUCUAAGCAAAGUGUGUGUGUAUAAUCUGUAUAUUCAUAUAUGUAUAUUCUGUGUAUAUAUACAAAAAUGUAUAUAUACAUACAUACACACACACACACACACACACACACGUGUGUGUAUAUAUGUAUAUAUAUAUAUUAGUGUUUCCUUUCCCACGCUAGUGAAAAAUGUGGUGCAUUGGCAUUCUCACCCUCUAGGAUAUAAUGACAGUUGCCUCUAAAUGAGUGAAUUAAAACAAACUCCAUUUAAACUGAAUGGUGUGCCUUUCUGUGUAAAGAGCCUGGCCAGCAUUUGUUACUUUUGCCAGUGAAUAUGUUAAACCAGAGCAGAUGAGUAUAAGACUUUAAACUUUAUAUCUUUGCUUGGAAUGUUUGAUUUAGUUAAUGCAGGUAAUAGUGUUGUUGUUUUACUUAUACUUCUCUAAGGGAUUUGACUGGUACCACAUCAUAUUUUGACUGAAAAUCAGAACAAAACCAAAUCUAUAUGGUACACAUUAAAUGGAUUAAAAUCUGGCUACUUGAUAGGUCUCAAUCUAAUUGUGAGGGGGUAUCAUCAAGUGUGUGUUUCCAGUGAGUUCUUGUAAGGAUCAAUUAUUGUUCCUGUAGUAUUUGACAUUUUUCUUAAUGACCUGGAAGAAAACAAAAUGUCUGUUGAUUCAGGUUUUCAGCUGAUACAAUGGUUGAGGGGGAGUGAUAGAUAUUGAAGACAAUAGUUUGCUCAGAGAGCCACCUGGAUCACUUAGUAAAUAGGGUGCAAGCAAAAUAUAUAUGUAUAAAUAGAACAAAAUGCAAGGCUAGUAACUUAGGUAAAAGAAUUCAGGCUAUGCUUACAGAAUCAGGUAUCUCUAGUCCAGAAAGCAGUAGAUCUGGAACUUAGGACCCCAGAUCACUUGAACCAGAGCUUCUAGUGAGAUUCCCUGGCCAAAAGGGCUAAUGUGGCCUUAAGGUGUUUUAAUUGGGGAAAUCUUGAGUAGAAGUAGGGUGGUUACGUAAUCUCUUUGUUUAUCACCAGUGUCCAGUUUUCAUGUUAUUGGUUCAACAAAGAUGUUGAAAAAUUGAGGGGGUUCAAAUGAGAAUGAGAGAAUGAUUAGAGAAUUUGUAAAACAUUCCUUGUAACAAGGAGCUUACCAAUGUUGCUGUGCUAUCAGCACCAACAAUACUGGGGUACGAAGCUUACUUUCUAGCACUGGAUUUGUCAUGCUCAGAAUUUCAGGGGGUUCUUAGAACAGCAGUUCUAGGGCCACAUCUGACCUUUAGCUAUCCUACUUCUUUCUUGCGCUGAGACAGAAGGCAGGGUAGAUUUUCACUGUAUAAACUAACAAAAUCAGAGAUGCUUACAAAACCUAUUGCAGCAGCUUGCUUCGUCAGAUGUGAAAGAGUUGCAGAAAGCAGAGCUUCUAGAUAGAAAGCAGUGAUUAGACUACAAAGGGCAGGGAAGGAAGAAAAAGGAGGGGGCACUACUGGCAGAGGCAAAGUUGGUAAAUGAGAUCAAAACAAAGCAGCUAACCCAUUGAGGGACAGGGGUUAUAAAAGCUAAUCCAAGUAAUAAGAUAAGAAUCGGCAGUCUCAGUUUGAACCAUACCAAGGUUUGUCCUCUUGGGACCAGCACAGGGUACUAUCAGCACACUAGCAGUUGGUGUUGAGGGUCCUCCUUACCACCACUGCCAGUUUUGGUAGUAGGACAGAAAGACUUCUUACCAUCCUCUCAAGUACAUGAAAGGAGGGAAAGUAAGGACCACUCUAGCUACCAUGUAUAGAGGACAUCCGUUUUUCAUUAGCAUAUAUCUCAGGGGUGGGCAAAAUGCGGCUCGCUAGGCCAUUCCAUUCAGCCCACGGAGCCCCUAAAAAAUUUAGAAAAUUAAUAUUUAUCUGCCCCAGCUGCCUGUCAUGCGGGCCUCGAUGGCUUACCAAAACUCAGUAAGUGGCCCUUUGCCUGAAAUAAUUGCCCACCCCUGAUAUAGCUGUUGAAGCUACUUACUGUCUUUGGAACAUAUUGGUGAUUUGUUUUGUAUUUUCUGGAAUAAACAUGACCCUUAAACCUGGUGCAGACCACCCAAAGACCUGUGUAGAGCUAAAAUACUGUUCUAAGCACUUCCUGUGCUCCUCCCCUCUGUUAGUCUGAAUUUAGGCCUUGAAAUCCUGACUAAGAACAGGAGCCAACUAACGUGCCUGGUGGAGUGAAGGAGGGCAGACACUGAUCAAGCAGAUCUAUCUAGGCUAGAAACUUGUUCUUCACUCUUCACUGUUGGCUUUUUCAUAACACUGUCUUUGGAAGCUAUCAUAAUAGGAAAAAAGCCAUCUUAUUUGAGUACCAUAUAUCUGGAAUCAAAAAAACAUAGAUUCUUUCACCACCCAUGAGAGACGCAGAGUUUACUUUUCUUUCCUGACACCCGUUAAAAGCAAAACAAAAAAAAGAUGAUAAUUUAGCAGUGGACAAGGGUAGCCAAAUGACCCAGCUUUGAGACUCUGGGACCCAUCUAGAAGCACCAUAGAAGCAUGCAUAUGAUAUCCAUGAUCUCUAAGCUGCUUCAGAAAUGGUAUGGAAAGACCUGUCCUCUGAACAGAUGGAAAGAAAGGUUGAGCUGUUUGUAUUGAGCUUCUGUCAAGCUCGGUGAGCCUCAGGGUAAAAUAUUUAUAGGUUUUGGGGCAGAAUAGUGAGGUGUUGGUCGGAAAACAUUGUAACAAUGUAUCAUAUUUACUUAAUUCGAAGAUAAGUUCCCCCCCCCCCCCCCCCCCCCCUGCCAUUUUACAAUGAGGGGAAGCCCCUCAUCUUGGAAUCAAGUAUGAGGUGGGGGAGAGCGAAUGGAGUGGGCAGGCAGCAGUUGUGACUCCUAACCACCACCCUGCUCUUCCUCCCUUCCUGCCCCCCACCACCCCAUCCUCUGCUACCUACACUUGCCCUGGUGCUGGUAGGCUCUGUCCCUGCUCCAGCCUGGGGCACAAAGCAUGUGUGUGCUUCAGCCCUAGCUUGGCCCAGAAACAAGGGUAAACAGCAAAAGAGGGAGAUUGGGGUGGGGGCAAGAAGUGGGGGCAGUUUACUUGAUCCCCGCCACCACCUGCCUCCCUUCCAUUGCUUUCCCCACUGCAGCAGUGGAGGGAUAAAUUUAAAGAUGAUUCUCCAAUAAUUAGAUUUUCUACUUGGAAAAUUAUAACAAAUGUAUACAUUUUUCAUGUAUAGAAUCUAAUUUGGGAGGUCAUCUUAAGUUUAGGAUCAUCCGGGAUUUGGGUAAGUAUAAAGUGGAAAGCUAGAUUUUUUUAAAAUAUUUCACAAACUGGAAAAUGGCACAGACCCGUGAACAUCUGGACAGAGGUCAGUUUAUAAUCCAAAUGAAUUGGACACAUGCCAAUCUUGAUCAUACACUCCAGAAUACAAAGUAACAGGGAUGCUAAUUCUAUUGAGAAGAGUUAUUUGACCUUAAGGGCAACAACUCCAGUCCUUCCAUCUAUCCUCUGAAGCAAAGAGUGAACCCCAGGAUUUUCCUUUUAUGGGGCUUUGCCUUUUUAAUGAAAGGAUGGAAGGGAUUGGGAUCCUAGAGAAAAUGUAUGGGCCAGUGCCAAUUUUUUAGGUCAAUCUAAACCUUUCACUUUAAUGCAAAUACUCCUCCAUUCCAGCAUUCCAGCUUUUUUAACUACAGAGAGCACCAGGCUGCUCUGGAGACUUAUUUUGGAAGAAGUUCCCAGCAACAAAAAGACCUAAACAAAUGCUUGAAGUGCCUCCUUACAACCUCCUCUGUCUUCCACCUCCUCCCAGAGAACAGAUUUGAUAUUAUAAGCCAGAGCUGUUAACUAUUGUCAGCAGUCUUUCUGUUCCUGCCUUUUGGGUCUCCUUUCUUCUUCCUCUCUACUUCUACUGAUGUAGAAUUAAUUUAGAUCUCUGGGUACUGGAUAUUCUUCCUCCUCCCUAGUUUUUAGGAGAACAAAUUAAAUCCACUUCUCUUUAAAACAUAGCAAUAAUCUGAUUUAAAUCCCAUUUCAUGGAGGGGAUUGUAUUUCCUUUUCAUUCUACUUUUCUU